AAUUUUGCGUCUUGCAAGUCUAUUUUCCAUCCAUUCUCUCUCACACAUUCUCUAAUAAUCAUUCUUUCUCAAGUCUCAACUUUCAAACAAGCAUAUAUAUAGUAUAGAUAUGGCUAUAAGCGACGACACGGAACAUGGCAAAAUCCGAACAAAAGUGGUGGUGUUUGAGGUGGGUUUAUUAAUCCUUCUAGUUGGGAUAUGUAUUGUGGUGGUGGUGACCCAUGGGUUAAGAAAUCUGUUAUUCAAAAAGGAUGGUUUUGAAGAGGGAACGGUGAAUGUGAAUGGAACAGUUUCCAUUGGUUUGAUUGAUGAAGACUUUAUUUGUGCUACUUUGGAUUGGUGGCCUCCUCAAAAAUGUGAUUAUGGAACUUGUAGCUGGGGAGCUUCUUCUAUUCUCAAUUUGGAUCUUAACAACACAAUCCUGAUUAAUGCAGUUACAGCCCUUUUUCCAUUGAAACUUAGAUUGGGAGGUACUCUACAAAACAGGUUAAUAUACCAAAGGCAAGAGGAUAAAGAACCAUGUUCCCCAUUUACCAUUAGUAGUGAAGAAAUACUCGGCUACACUCAAGGUUGCUUACCCAUUUCUAGAUGGGAUCAACUCAACUUAUUCUUUCAAAAAACAAGAGCAAAGGUGAUAUUCGGAUUGAAUGCGUUAAGUCACAGAGAAGUAAAUACAAAUCAACUUGUCAUGGGACCAUGGAACUCGAGCAAUGCAGAAAGUUUGAUGCAAUAUACAGUUGACAAGGGUUACACCGUUCAUGGUUGGGAACUUGGAAACGAGCUAAGCGCAAAAGGAAUUGGAGCAAGUGUGACUGCAGAUCAGUAUGCAUUGGAUACAAUUUCACUCCAAAACUUAGUGCAAAAAGUCUACGACGGUAUUCUAGUGAAACCAAUGGUUCUUGGACCAGGAGGAUUUUUUGAUGCAAAUUGGUUUGACCAGUUUAUAAGGAAAUCAAAUGAUUCACUUCAAGUGAUUACCCAACACAUCUAUAAUCUUGGACCAGGUAGUGAUAGUCACUUGAUUGAUAAAAUACUUGACCCAACAUACCUGGAUGGAGGAUCACAACCCUAUAGAGAUCUUCAAAACAUAUUGAAGAUAUCUGGAACUUCAACAGUGGCUUGGGUAGGCGAAGCUGGAGGUGCUUAUAACAGUGGUCGUGACCAAGUCACCAAUGCUUUCGUGUUCAGCUUUUGGUACUUGGAUCAACUUGGGAUGGCAUCAUCGUAUGAUACUAAAACGUAUUGCAGACAAACAUUAAUAGGAGGGAACUACGGACUCCUUAACACUGACACGUUUGUCCCGAAUCCUGAUUACUACAGUGCCCUUCUUUGGCAUCGUCUGAUGGGAAGACGUGUUCUAUCAACACAAUUCCAUGGUACAAAGAAGAUCCGUUCUUACGCUCAUUGUUCAAAAGAUUCGAAAGGGAUAACUUUGUUAUUGAUCAACCUUGAUCGUGUUACGUUGACUAAAGUUGGUCUUUCAAUUGAUAAUGUCACAAUAGCAGUUGCAUCAAAACAGCAAAGUAAUCAAACACAAAGAAGACACUCCUCGAAACUUGAGGACAGCCGAUUUACAAGAGAAGAGUAUCACCUAACAACAAAAGAUGGGAACUUACAUAGUCACAUAGUCCGUCUAAAUGGGAAAGAGUUAACUGUGAAUUCUACGGGGAUCAUCCCUUCACUAGAUCCGAUCGAAGUAAAGCUCACAAGCCCGAUCACCGUUGCUCCUUUCUCAAUAGUAUUUGUUCAUAUACCUUCGAAACAAAUUCAAGCUUGUACACAGUGACAUUUUAUUCUUUAUAACAUAUCUAUAUCUAUAUUACAUUAUAACCCAUAUUACAUUAUAAA